AGGGUGCCUUCCGGAGAACCCCGCCGCGCCAUGGCCUUCCGGCUGCUCAGCGGUGAGGCGAUCCGCUGCGAGGCGGAGCUCGGGAGUCUGGGCGCGGAGGUGUCGGUGCAGGCGGCCAGGGAGGUGCUGGCGCGGCACCUGGAGCUCGAGUCUCGGCAACGGGUGCGCCUGGUGACCUCCAAAGAGCUGGAGGAUGGCGACGUUUUCAUCAUGGAGGACAGUUGCGCGACGGUGCAGAUCAUGCCGGACCCCUUGGAGGCGAACUUCGCGGAAGCCAUGGGCCUGGAGCAUUUCGCGGAUGCCCUGCAGGUUAUGGAGGGACUGCGGCACCCCAACCCCAACCCCACCCCAAGCCCAACACUUGGGGCGGGGCGGGGGGUUUGAGGGCCCCACCGCCACCGGGGCGCGUGAGAUGGAGCAGCUGCAGCUGCGGAGCGCGCAGCUCCAGGAGCUGCCGCGCGGCCUGGGCAAGCUGCAGCAGCUGCGGGAGCUGAGCCUGAGUGCAAACAAGCUGCAGCAUCUCCCAGAAGCGCUGGGCCAGCUGUCGCAGCUGCGAGACCUCAGGGUGGACUCCAACAUGCUCAUCUCGCUUCCGGAGAGCAUCGGGGAUUUGCUGGCCCUGAAAGAGCUGCACCUCAGCAGCAACGAGCUGCGGGUGCUGCCCGCGACCAUCGGCCGCCUCCGGAACUUGGAGACGUUGAACCUUUUCCACAACAGCAUCGAGUCCUUGCCCAACAGCCUCUGCGAGCUUCGGCUGCUGCGGCGCCUGCAUAUGGGCUCCAACAGCCUGCGGGAGCUACCGCCGGACCUGGGCCGGCUGGAGCUCCUGCAGGAGCUGUACCUAGCCAACAACCAGCUGCAAUCGCUGCCUGAGAGCUGCGUUCGGUUGGUGGAGUUGCUGUUGGUCCAGCUGGACAGCAACCCUUUGACGCACCUUCCGUCGGCCAUGGGAGAACUGAAGGCCCUUCAAGAGCUCCAUGUGGGCAGCGCACGACUUACUGCACUGCCAGAGAGCAUAGGCGAGCUGUCGCAGCUGUCGCAGCUGUACCUGGCUGGGAACGAGCUGCGGAAUUUGCCGCAGAGCUUCUGCUGUGGCCUGCAGAAGCGCGGCAACGGCCUCGAGCGGCUCGAAGAGAGCUUUGGGCAGCUGCAGCAGAUGCGGAAGCUGUUUCUGGACUUCAACCAGCUCAAGGAGCUGCCAGACAGCUUCGGCCAGUUGAGCGCACUGGAGGAGCUUCAUCUCAAGGAGAACCACCUCACCCAUCUCCCGGAGAGCUUCGGGGACCUCGCGAAGCUGCAGGAGCUGAGCCUGCGCUGCAACUACCUGAAGACUCUGCCCGAGAGCUUCGGCCGCCUCACCGAGCUCAGGGAGCUGAGUCUCAGCUUCAACCCCCUGGAGUAUUUGCCCCAGAGCCUUUCCCAGCUCGUGAACCUGGAGGAGCUGCACCUCCAGACAACUGCGCUCACGCAUCUCCCGGAGUGCGCGCUGCAGCUGAAAGCGGAAGGCACCAUCAUCGUCUGGUCCGACCUCUGAGUUAUUUGCGAC